AUGUCUCAUGCCCCACUCCGACUGGUGCGUGCAGAGCCAAUCAGCUCGGUCGCAUUGCUGGGAUCUCUCUUGAAAGACUCAAAUAAUUUAUCAACUAUAAUGUCAAUCUUACCCGAUCGAUCCUAUCGAUCUCUUUUACUGAUUGUUGGCUCUUGGAAAGCUCUUCUACUUCUCCUGGUCGUCUUCAGUCCUGGCCCUGCGUACGAUACCUCGACCGCCUUACGGGAGCUGGGCCGUAAUGCAGCUAAUACAGACCGCCAUGGAUUGUUGACGCCAGUAUUGGGCUUGCUUGCCACUAAUUUAACCCGAUGGGACGCUAUCUAUUUUACAGAGAUCGCUCGUCGAGGCUGCCUGUUUGAGCAAGAAUGGGCAUUCAAUCUUGGGUUCGCAAGUCUCAUCAGAGCCUUUGCUGACGGUGAAGAUACUUGGCCCCGGAGAGCUUUGGAUAUACCGACUAACUAUAAGUCAGUUCUCCGACGCACAGCCGGCAUAAACCAUGCGUUAAUAGAGAGUAUCAUUGGCAUCGCCGUAGCUCAUGCAGCUCAUGGCAUGUCGGUUUUUGUGUUGUACAGUCUAGCACGUGCUGUGUUUCCCGGAAGGAAGGGCCGCAACCUUGCAUUUAUCGCCGCAUGUUUACACAUCUUAUCGCCUGCUGGACUAUUCCUAUCGGCUCCUUAUGGCGAGAGUACCCACGCUCUCUUGAGCUUCAUGGGCUCUCUCUUGUUUGUAUUGAGCUUUAAUCAUGCAGGGGCUUCCACGAGUCUCCGUGAUGCCUUGAUCCCGCUAUCUGGUAUCUUGUAUGGAUUAGCAACGGCCGCUCGCAGCAAUGGUCUUUUAAAUGGCAUGAUACUUCUUGAGGAAGCCGUAAGGCUCCUGUACUCAAUGACUGAGGGGGUCACCUUCGCUAAAACACGUCGGCUAAUCGCUGUUGGCAUGGCUGGGAUCUGCACGGGCCUUGGCUUCGUGAUACCGCAAUAUAUUGCUUACAAGCAGUUCUGUAUGAAUAACAAGGACCCACGGAUUUGGUGUCUUAGGACUAUUCCUAGUAUCUAUAGCUUCGUUCAAGAUCAUUACUGGAAUAAUGGGUUUCUUCGGUAUUGGACUCUGUCCAAUAUGCCCCUGUUCGCUUUAGCUGGCCCAAUGCUAGCAAUCAUGACAUACUCUGCUAUUUGGACACUCGGGGUGGGGUCGGGUGGACAGGAAAGGGGUAAUGGCAAAAGUUUCUCCAAUACGUCCAAAACGCAAGUUCAUUCGGAGGCGCCAUUAACAGGUCGUCUAUUGCGUAGUCUAGCGGCCCCCCAGAUAAUCCUAGCCAUCCUGACUUUCCUGAAACACCACGUUCAAAUCAUCACACGCAUGUCCUCAGGCUAUCCAAUGUGGUAUCUCUGGCUAGCACAUGCUCUAGUUGAGGGGCACUCGCUAGCGUCAUCAGAGAAAGUGGACGUAUGCCGGGGGGAAAAGGAGACCCAUAUCCUGAAGCAGUACCGGUACGCACGCAUGACUAUCUUCUAUAUGAUAGUCUAUUCCCUUGUCCAAGGGGUCCUUUUUGCUUCUUUCUUACCCCCAGCCUGA